GCCGCCGAAAAUUCUUACGAAUCUGUCUGGGAUUUCUCCUCUCCUAACUUGCAGGUCUUGCAGUCGCGUUUUAACUUUGCAAAUUUAAGCAACUGCUACUUUGGAAACCAGAAGCCAUGGCCAGCUAUUCCAACAUCACUCCAGGCACAUCUCGUCAUCAUAGACACCAAGAAACAGUCUAUAAAGUAGGCAUCUAUGGUUGGCGCAAGAGAUGUCUUUAUCUUCUCAUUCUUGUUCUCACAUCUGUCAUCAUUGUUAAUGUCGCUCUUACAGUCUGGAUUCUCAGGGUGAUGAAUUUCACUAUGUCUGGUAUCGGGAAGCUGCAAUUCACAAAGACUGGAAUCAAGAUAGGUGGUGAAGCAGAGUUUCUCAAGACGCUUUAUGCUUCUGAAAUCAAGUCUAAAGCAGACAAAAACUUGGUGUUACAGUCAGCGACAAACGUUACAAUUAAUGCAAGAAAUGGUUUAGAAAACACCACAAAAGGAAGGUUAAUCAUUGGCCCCAAACAUUUAGUUUCCUACAAUGAGAGAUUUGUAAUCUACGACACAAAAGAUAAAAUGUUAUUCUAUGCAGAUGAGAAUGAGGUGAUUAUAGGUGCCAAGAAAGUCACAUUUACAGGCAGUGAAGGAACAGCAUUCGAGGGGCCAGUCCAGACUCCCCUAGUGACCUCAGUACCAGGUCAAGAUUUAAGAUUGGAGUCGUUAACAUCAAAUGUAGUAAUUGAAUCACCACAAUCAGUAAGCCUUAGUUCUCCUAUUGGACAAGUGUCGCUAUCAUGUUUUAAUGAUAUAAAUCUUCACUCCAGGCAAGGCAAGAUAUCGUUAGAUGCAGCAAGCAUUGCCAUGAAGAAUCUCCCAGAAAGUGCCCCCGGGUCAAGCAACAAUGCAGAUGUAUUUGAACUUUGUGCCUGCCAAAAUGGACGCCUCUUUCUUGCCCCUCCCACAUCAGGUUGUCGAGCAACAGCAGACUUUUGUGAUUAGUGAAUUACUAAGUGAUAAGGUAAUGUCAGGUCAUUUCUCAAUUAGUGGCUAACGCUACAGCUACUGCUAAAUUUGCUGCAUCAUUUGUGAUAAAUAAUAGCAAUAUCCUUAGCAACAGUCAUGUCCAUAGCUGUAGGCGCCAAUUUGGAUACGGCCUCAGAUUUGAUUUUUGUAAAAGCCUGCUCACAUUUAUCAACAAUUUUGUAUAAUGUUUCAACCAUUUAUAUAUUUAGAGAGAAAAAAACUAGUGACACCUUUAGCAAUCUCCGUUGCAAGAGGAUGUUAACGGUAAGGCUUUAGAAAUUCUUCUGGUUCACUUUGGAAAUACUUGGAAUUGUAUAAGAAUCUUAAUGCUUUGCAUACUAGUAUUAGUGGAAAGGAUAAAUGAAAUGGAAACUUGUAAAAUUAACACAAAAUUGUGUCUAAUGCUCAAAAUAUUCUGAAUGAAAAUGUUGGUAUUUGUGUACACUGUUUUGAAGCAGCACCAGAAUCAUUCCACAGUCAAUGCACAAAAAUGUUGUUUUGUCUUUUGUAUCUGAAUUAAAUUUGAGUUAGUGUUAAGCACAACAAUAUUUAGUUAGCGUUUAGCACAAAAACAUUUAACCUGACAUUUUUUUAGCCAGUUUGCACCGGAGAUCCUCCAAUUUUGUUGAAUUUGCUGGAAUAAUAUUUCUUUGAGAGUGCCACUUGCAAGAAGAAACCCUGACUUGAUUAAGCCAAGAAAAGAAAGAUUCUCUUUGAAGCACCAGAAUUAUUUCGUUUUCUUUCAAGAAAAUACCAAGUUCAAACAUGGUGAAUAUGCAAAGCUUGCCAAUUGAGCCCAUGGCUGAAGCCAAGGUUGGAAUCUCGGUCUGUUUGGACUCUAUUGAGCUGAAAUACAAUGACCUACAAUGGUGGAAUCUUCUCAAUACCAUUCAUCUUCUUAAAAACAAAAGGACAAAGGCCUGGAAUCAGGGAUUAUACAUUCACCACUGCACAAAGGUAGAAUUUUAGAAUUAUUUUCCACCAACACCUGUUCUCUUUGUGUGGGUGAAACAGCAUCGCAUAGUGAGUGUUUGCUCAUGGCAUGGCUGUAAUGGAACACACUGGCAACCUUUGCUCCGGCCUUCCAAUGUGACACAAGAACGCAAGGUCCAUGGCAAGUUAUUGCAUAAUCCGGCGUCAACUGUUGUAAAUUUUGCCACAAGAUGAUAGCAGACUUGACAGUUUUUUGUUACCUGUAAAGUCUGCUAACAUCUUGACUUAGAACGAUAAAAACUAUGAAAGAGUACGGUUAGAAUAUGUUACACUACAUAUGUCUGCUGCCACCUAGUGAUUGAAUGGCAUACUUGAUGACACUGUAGAGUCUAACACAGUAGUAAUGAGAAUCUGAGGACAAUCCCAAGAUGUCCUUGCAAAUAGUCAGCACUCUCUGUAGUUUGUUGUGCAUUUACCAUCUGUCUUUCUGUGCAAACAUUCCUGUACAAUUAUUUCAAUAACAAAACGAGUGAUGAAGUCACCAUCACAAAACAGUUAAACAUAUGUUUUUCCUUUAUGUGAUGUAAAUUAUUGCUUUAUUCUUGCACUUUUAGUAACUUGAAAUAGAUAUAAAAGACACGUUCACAAUUGUAUAUCACAAUCAUUGUAUUUGUAUGAAUAAUAAUUUUGGGUAGGAACUCCCUAUAUUUCAAUUUAAAAAAACUACUAAGUAAUGCCCAAAGCCCAAACGUUUCAGUUCUUGGGAAAAUGUGUUUUGAUGUCUUGAACAUUCUAACCUACAUUUAUAUGUUUAAAAGAAAUACUUACAGUAUAGACCCUAACUAGAUGCUAUCAAUAAGCCCAGUUUUUGCAGGAAGUCUUGGGUUUUGGCUUGGAGUGUUGAAUAUGCUCAAAAUUUAUGAUUUGAAUAUUUCUAUUACUUAUGAUAACAUUGGCUCAGUGCUAAUAAAGGUCCUUAUUUGCAAAUUCGUAAUUGCAAUAGUCACGAAGGCCUAUAACCCUAAUGAUUAUUGAUUAGAAAUCAAAUGCGACAGGGAAAUGUUUUCACAGGUUUUCAUGUUUUACCUUCGCCAAAUACUUUGGGGAAGAUAUAUCACAAGCAAAAUAAUCUAAACCAGUUUUAUGAGAUCAAACAAAAGUUGUAAUAUGGACCUUAAAGUAGUGAACCAAUAAUUUUAUUUUUGAACCCAACGAGCUAGUAUUUUACUGAUUUAUAUUACAACUAUAUGUAUUAUGGUUUGCAGCUUUGGACUGAUUUGGAUGAGUGACAUUAGUACGUUUGGAAAUAUCUCGCUUUCGGACAUUGCCUCUAAUAGCAAAAGGUAUUGCUGCUUUAAGUAUUUGAAACCAUAAAUGAAAGCAACGGACCCUAUUAACACAGUUCAAUCUAAGAAAUGGAUAUCUUUAGGCAAGUGGGUACAUAUAUUAGUGGCCUUAUAAUGUUCACUCGGAUUGCACUUCAACUCUGCAAAUAAGUAAACCUGGACCUAUUUCAAUUUGGUGAAUGAGGGGAAUGUGCUGCUGCUGUUGUUGCAAGCUGUAGUCUUUACACUCCAUUGGGAUUUUUGUAAGGAAUAAUAUAAUGUAUAAAUUAUGCAGGUUUGGUAGAUUUUUAUAUAAAAUGCAUGAUACAAAUGUUUUCAUAUCACAAAGUCAUGUUUAUGUAAAUUAUAGUUAAAGUCAUUGUUUUUUUUAAUUUUGUUUAAAGUAAUUAAGACAGGUGUUUUUAAUUUAUAGUGUUUUCCAAAGUCCAAAUUAAUUGAGUUUCUUCCACAUUGUUUUCAAAUUAGAUAAGGAAUUCAUCUUUAAUGUAUUAUCACAUUGUUAAUUGUCUUCAAGGUUAGUGCAACCCAAGUGAGCAAGUUACUGUUAAGGAAAUUCUACAAAAUUUGUAAAUAUGGCCAUUUUAACUUGGGCACUCUUUUGGUUUUGUUAAAAACAUAGUUCAGCAUUGUUUCAGCUUAUGACAUAGUAAGAAAAUAAUAACUUUAAUUCAAUAAUUAAAGUGUUGAAAUGUGUGGAAGAUGACUGUUAGAAUUAAAAAGGAACCUUUUAUAAUUUUUACAACUUCAAAUGACACAAUAUCAGAAGAAAAAAUUCUUGAAUGAAAGUUGAACCACCGUCAGCUUCCCUCCUUAUAAUUAGGUUUUGUCCGUUUGAUUUGCCAAACUUCAUGUCUUGGAAAUUUAAUAAUGUACCCCAUCAUAAAAUGUUAAUGAGAUACUUGUUUUUGUCUGAUAAACAUAUAGUUUGAACUUAACAAUGGAAGAUUGUGGUAGAGCACAAUAAAUAUGUAAGUUUUUUUUAGUUUUUUUUUAAGGAAAAACUUAGAGGCCAAAUGGGUUAUUUUGCAAUAUACCUUACUAUGAAAUACUUGAGAGAAAAGUUGUAUGAAAUAUUCAGUGUUCUUGUGCUUACCUUGCCAGUUUUGUUUCUUGUCUGAACUGAAAUCCCCUUCAAAAGUCUGUUUAAAUAUUAUUACAGAAAAAUAUAAACAACAACCUGGAAAUAGUUUUUGUGAAUCCUUUAAAAUAAUAAUAAUGGUUCCACAAAUGCCAUUUAAAAUAUCACAAUACCCUCAUGUAUUGAUUUUACUGAAAUUCAUAGAUAUUUUCAUAUUUGGCAUCAAAUAAUUAAUUAAUGUCAUCUAGUAAGUAAAUAUCCAGGCACACUCUUGAGCCGUCCAAAUAACAUUGAAAUGUAAUUGAAUUGUAUUCUAAGUUUUAAAAGUUGUUUUGACAUGUAUUCCUUCUUAAGAUGACUUAAGUGUCAACAUUUGUAAAUCUUUCAUUGUGAAUAUAGAUGGGGAAAUAGAAAAAAAGGGUUUUAUUCCUAUAAAGUGGUAUAUGUAUUUGUGUAUUUAUUCAGUUGAUUCCCUGUGUAUUUAUAAAGCAUGUGUGAUUUUAUGGGUUUUUGUUAAUUCCUUACCUGGUCAGUUGUAUUGAUUUGAUUUUGAAAAUAAACAAAUAAAUUUACACAUUA